AGCUGAUAAACGCGGUGUCUGCUGUUUCGCUCGCACUCGCACGCUGGUCGUUUUCGUAGUCGUUGUCGUCGUCGUCCGUCGAAAAAACCAACGACUUGAUGGAAAUUUUAUGCAUAUCGUGUUGCGAUAAAAACGAACAAUAAUUAAUUUCUAAAAAGUGCACAAGAAAGAACAAAUUUUGUCCAUCUUUUUGCAAAAAAGUGCAUUAAAAUCGGAACACUCUAAGUGUACGAAAAACGCCUCUGAAAACCCGCAUUGAAACCAUUUCGUGUGUGUGUGACAUGAAAAAAUGCGCUGCUGCUGGAAACAAAAAAUGCGCUCGCCAUUUUGACUCGAGCGACAUCCAAAUUUUUCACUUGCUGCUAUCAAAAUAAGCACUUUGAAGUUAUCAUUUGUAAAUGCAAUUACGCCCAAAUAUUAGCUGAUCUGUGAAGUGUUGUGCAAAGAAAAAUUAAUACACGUGUUACAAUUGUGCACCGAAAAAUACAAAAUAUAUCAUUGGCCGCGCCACACAAAUACAUGUUCACUUCCAUACAGUGAGGCUCACAUACACGUUGCGGCUACGUGCUUGACUUUUGCUGGUAUUGAUACUUUUGGCGGCGUGUACCAGUGUGCGUUUCCCCCCAAGAAGCGCAAUAACAACAAUAAUACGAAAUAGGAGUGUAAGAUCGUAAAAGGUAGUCGUCGUCGUCUUCGUCGUUGUCGGUCGUAGUAGGUAGCAAUUUACCUGUGAAAAAAGGUUCAGGAGUUAAAGGUGCGGGGCACCUUGCAGCAGCAGCAGCAGUAGCAGCGACGUCGACGUCACUUCACCUGUCUCAGUCUACAAAAAGGAGUACACAGUAUCAAUUACAGUUUGGGAGCCCUGAAAAUGGCGCAUACCUCGACCCCAAAUCAAACAACGAGCGGUGCGGUUAAGGCUGAAGAAGUUAAUUAUUUCUUUCGGGAUGAGCACGGUGAAAUCGCCAAAAUGCUGAAACCAGUGCAAGUGAAGCAUGAAUACAUGGAUCACCCAAAGUCCAAUAUGGUCUUUCCCAGCAGCUCGGCUCGCAACGGCGGCGGUGUCGGCGGUAGCAGCAGUAGCGGCAUCGGAAAUGUGUCCCGCAUGUCAACUGGCACCUACAGUCAACUGAGCACAACGAAUCAGGGACAAUUUAUACGUCUACAAGACGGCUAUAUAACACUUCCAAAAACCGAAAAUACUUCAUAUACCACAGCUGUGUCAGCGCAGAAAGGCAGUGGUACUGGAGGAGGGGGAGGCGGAGCUCGCGAGGUGAUAAAGAGCGAGCGAUAUGUAAAAUAUUCGCCAAAUAAUGCCAUUAAAAUGAAAUCGAAACUGCACGCCAUACAGAGCAGUCCCAUGGACUCAAUGUCCGCCUCCUCAUCGUCAGUGCAAAGGAAACGAAAGCCGGAUAAGGCGGGCAAGGGUCUGCGACACUUCUCGAUGAAGGUGUGUGAGAAGGUGCAGGAGAAGGGCAAGACAACAUACAAUGAAGUGGCUGAUGAUUUGGUAACCGAAGAACUGAAGAACAAUUCAUAUGAUACCAACUGUGAUCAAAAGAAUAUCCGGCGUCGUGUCUACGAUGCGCUCAACGUACUGAUGGCAAUCAAUGUAAUUUCCAAAGACAAAAAGGAAAUACGUUGGAUUGGCUUGCCCGCCAACGCAGCCGAGCAAUCUAUGGCUCUGGAGGAAGAGAACAAUUCGCGCCGUGAACGCAUCAAGCAAAAGAGUGAAGUGCUGCGUGAAUUGGUCAUGCAACAUGUGGCAUUCAAGGGUCUUGUGGAGCGAAAUAAACGUGCCGAGAGCCAGGGAGCGGUGCCAUCUCCAAACUCAUCCAUUCAGCUGCCGUUCAUCAUUGUGAAUACGCACAAAUCGACCAAGAUCAAUUGCAGUGUCACCAACGACAAAUCCGAAUACAUAUUUAAGUUCGACAACACAUUCGAAAUGCACGAUGACAUCGAGGUCUUGAAACGAAUGGGACUUUUGCUGGGCUUGGAUAAAGGCGAGUGUACGGCGGAGAAUAUUGAGCGUGUCAAGGCAUGGGUGCCACCAAAUCUGGCCAAAUAUGUUGAAGCCUACGGUACUGGUAAAGUAGUUGAUCCGAUGUACGAUUCGGAUGACGAUGACAAUGACUUUAAUUCGUACCUCGAAUUAACCAAUGAGUCUCAAAGCUUUGCACAACACACACAGCAUACCACCGAUGUCGAGUUCAAAUCGGAGGUGGACGAUGAUGAGCUCGAGGAAGACAUUGAUUGAGCUGACGAUGAAGCGAACGUGUCGUGGGCGAUGGGUUCUCCGGCGGAUACUGGCGAUGUCAGCAGCGGCUACGCAGAGGAUACAUUUCGUUUUACGUUUAUUAACGCUUUGUUGGGAUUGCCACGCCCAUUCGGUUAGGGUGGACAAUUUCUUUCAUUUGUCGUUCUUUACACACACA